AACAUAAAGGGAGCUCUGAGCUCCACAAAUUAACUUCCAAUGGCAACAACACUCUCUUACUCCUCACUCUAUCCCUUCCAUUCUCUCUCUCCUUCUUCAUCUUCUUCAACAAUUUGUUCAUCUUUAUGCCCUUUUACUUGCUGUCCUUCUUUUCCAACAAAACUUGAAUUCCCUGUCUUGUCAACAUCAUCAUCAUGUUUUUCCCAAUUUCACCAUUUUUUCCCUUUCCCCACAAAUCAUCAUCAUCAUCAUCCCAUUUUGCUCUUUGUUGGUUUUGAUUCACCCCCUGUGGAUACUCAAACUUUUCUUGCUACUAUCAGUGUUUUAACUGCCAUUGCUCUCUCCCUCUUUCUUGGCCUCAAGGGAGAUCCAGUUCCUUGUGAUAGGUGUGCUGGGAAUGGUGGAACGAAGUGCGUGUUUUGUAACGAUGGUAAGAUGAAGAAAGAAACAGGAUUAGUAGACUGCAAAGUUUGCAAGGGUGCAGGAUUAAUACUCUGCAAGAAAUGUGCUGGUUCUGGAUACUCAAAAAGGCUAUGACAUAUACUACUUGUACUCUUUUCCCCUCUAGUUAUUGACUUGUGUUCUGAGGCUAAAUCACACAUACAAGCUCACAUAUGAGGCUAUUUCAUUUUGGUUAAAU